AUGAUGAUCAAAUCGUAUGAUCGUUUUUCCAAAAAGAAUAUGCGCAUGAGCCGUGACCUGGAAGGAACAAAAGUUUCGCCUGUUAUAUGGGCUGAACUUUAUGACCAGGUUGGCCAAUUUUCUAAAUCACUGAUGGCACCAUCAGAUUACCGAGCGAACAAUGUUUCCGAUUUUCGGACAAAAAAUCUUUGGAAUUCGACCCAUGUAUGGCCUGCAUUAGUCUUAAGUUAUUACUAAAACCAGUAAAUAAUUGAAUGCAGAGGCAAUGAUUUAUUGCCUUAAAGUGAUUCUAAAGGUUGAAAAAAAAAAAAAAAAAAA